AUGGGGGACGGCACUGCAGUUAAGAAGUGCGGCAAGUGCAAGGCUGUGAAGUCGACCGAGGACUUCAACCGCCGCGGGAAUGGGAACGGUACACAACUCUGCGCGAUGGGCAGGAAGUCGGGCAUGACGGGGGAUGCGGAGAGGCGCAAGCGGCGCAAGGCCACCGAGGCGGUCGCUGCCUCCGUCGAGCCCGCGGUCGCCACCGAGGCGCCGGAGCCGCCCGCCGAGCCCCACAACGAAUCGGAAAUGGAGGUCGAGCCGGCAGCGCCCGACUCGCAGGCGCUCGCGACAGGAGCCUUCUACCAUCAACAACUACCACGGCUGCCACCGUCGGCGCCUUCGCUCGAGCUCUCCGAGGCCGCGUUCUGA